CCAGAUAUUACUUUAUUUUGUAAAAUAUUAAAAUUUUGAAAUUUGGCGGAAGUGUUUUGAACUUCAGUGCGCAUGCGCUUCUCUUCAUUUCCGGAACAAUUUUAUUUUUCAGAAAUUUUAAGUUAGGCGCAUUCUGUUCCGUUUUGCAACCCCAAUCGAAGAUCAAUAUAGGUCUGAUUAUGUCUAGAUGUCGUCGGGCGAGUCAUGCUGGAAGUUGGUAUAGCAGAAAUGGGAGUGAGCUGAACCACCAGUUGGGGACGUGGUUGAACAAUGUCGCAGAUAUACAUGUACACAGACCUGCAAGAGCAAUAAUUGGGCCACAUGCAGGUUAUUCCUACUGUGGAGAAUGUGGCGGCUAUGCUUACAAACAAAUAGACCCAACUAAAACAAAGCGUAUAUUUAUCCUGGGACCAUCUCACCAUAUCAGUUUCCAAGGAUGUGCUCUCACUAGCCAGACACAAUAUGAGACACCACUCUAUAACCUUACAAUAGACCAACAAAUUUAUAGUGAGCUGAACAGCACAGGAGAAUUUGAAACGAUCAAUUUAGAUGUGGAUGAGGAUGAACAUAGCGUAGAAAUGCAGUUGCCAUAUAUAGCCAAGGUCAUGGAAAGUCGCCAGGGCCAGUUUACAAUAGUUCCUGUGCUGGUUGGCUCGUUGAACCCUGAGAAAGAAGCCAAAUAUGGCAGGAUUUUCAGUCAGUAUUUAGCCGACCCUGAAAACUUCUUUGUGAUCUCAUCUGACUUCUGCCAUUGGGGCCAGAGGUUCCAUUACACACCAUAUGAUAAAUCUCAAGGUGAAAUAUGGCAGUCCAUCGAGCACUUAGAUGGCAUGGCGAUGCAAGCAAUAGAAUCAAUGGACCCUACCCAAUUCUCAGAAUACCUUAGAAAAUACAAGAACACAAUAUGUGGGCGGCGACCAAUUGGCGUUUUAUUAAACGCCAUUAGUGCACUUAGACAGCAAAAUGGACAUAACUUUGAAUUAAAGUUUAUCAAGUACGCACAGUCCAGCCAUUGUAAAACUAUGCGUGACUCGUCCGUUAGUUACGCGUCUGCAGUAUUAACUCUCAAGUGACAUCUGGAGACUGGAAAUAGAACUAAAACCCACUCAAAGACAAACAAUGCAUGCUGAAUUCAUUUUUGGGAGAUUUUGUUAUAUUUUUGAAUGCAGUGUAAAGAUAAUAUCAGAAUCUCCCAGGCCUAAGUUGCAAGUUUUAGUUUGACUAGUUUCUUGUUUAAAACAUAAACUAGUAGUGGUAGAGACCUUAGAAUGAAUUAGUGGUAAUAAUAACAACUCAUGGGCAUAUUUUUUAAAUAUGCAAUGGACCAGAAAAUAACUAAUGGGCAUGUUUGAUGAUACCAUGGACCAGAAAAUGAUAUUCCAGUUAAGAAUCUGCGUAGGUUAGACGCGUAAAAGCUAGCCAAGGACAGAAGGGUAAUGUACUUGGGAUUUCCAAAGGCUGAGUUUAUUUCCCUUGGUGUAAACUCUAUCGUACAUAACAGAUACAUUUUAUACCAGCUAAGGUUUCUUUUAGUUGCAUUUUCUUCGUUGAACAUUUUGAAAUGUGUAUGAAUUACAAAGUAGGCGAUAAUGUUUAUAUGUCAAAGAGACCGAGACAAGUACAGAAAAUAUAUUAUAUAAUUAUUCCCCAGAGACUCAUAUUCCUGUAUGAUAUUUAACCUCAGUAGAUAUGGGAUACAUAGAUGUUACACCAAGGGAGGGAUUGUAUAUUGGGUUUAUCCUAAGAUUGAUAUCUUACCGAUUGUAUAUUUUGCCAAUUCUUACAACUAUGAAGUGAUACAUGAACAACAAAUUCAAUUGGGAAAAUGAGAGUGAGAAUGAUUGUAGGAAGAUAUUAUAUCAUCCUAAAGGAUAAUCCAAUAUACAGCCCUGAUCAGGGAUGAUGUUUUAUAUGCAAUGAUCACUAUGAUAUACAGAAUUAAACUUGAGGGCACUAUUUGUAUUUUCACAUGUAACCAAUGGAAUUAUAAACUAGACAACAGCAAUGCCAAUUUGUCAUCAGAAAGUAUAAUAUGCUUCUAAGUAGGCACAAAAAUUUCAACAAAAUCACCCACA